AUGGAGACGAUUCCUUCCUCGUUUAUCGGGUUUCGGCACCACUGUGACAGGUCUCAUGUCAGUCUCAAGAAGAAUGAGGAAGAGGGAACCAGCUCGCACUCUGUAGCAUCGUUUAUUAAAGUAUUAGUAACUCGUAAAGCGCGAGCAAAGUCUAAAACUCCCUCAUCCAGGGCAGGACUGCAGUUCCCCAUUAGCCGUGUGCACAGGCCGCUCCGCAAAGGAAACUACGCUGAGCGUGACAGUGCCGGUGCUCCUGUUUAUCUGGCCGCUGUACUCGAGUAUCUCACCUCUGAGAUCCUGGAGUUGGCCAGAAACACCGCUCAGGACAACAAGAAGACUCGUAUCAUUCCCCUUCACCUGCAGCUGGCAGUGCGGAAUGACGAAGAGUUGAACAAACUCUUGGGUGGAGUGACCAUCGCUCAGGGUGGUGUGCUACCCAACAUCCAGGCUGUGCUGCUGCCCAAGAAGACCAAGAAACCCAAGACCAAGUAA